GAGGAAGAGGAGGAGGCUGUCUCUGCUCUGCCUCCUGGAGGACCAGAGCAGUGUGGUGACCCGCGGCGGCCGGCUGGCUCUGAGUCUGCAGGUCCGAUGCUGGUUGGUGUUUGACCUCCUCCGGCGUUCCAGGUUCAGCGAAGCGGAGAAUGAAGCUGCAGGUCCUGCUGCUCUGGGCCGGUUUGGCCCUGUGCUGCGCUCUGGUCUGCGCCGGAGACGCCGCCGGGGAGGACGGGCUCCCGGCGGGCCCGGCUCGGAGGAGAGACCCCCGGGGUCCGGUGGGGGCCAGGAGGCGAGGGGGGCGGGAGGAGGUGGAGAUGUCUGACGAGCCGGGCGAGGUGGAGGAGAGAGAGAAGGUGAAGCCCAAGAAGAAGAAAACACCUGAGGAGAUCGAGGCAGCCAAGGCGAGGAAGGCGGCGGAGAAAGAGGCCAAAGCCAAGAAGCAAAAAGCCCCGAAGCCCACCAAGAAGCCCAAAGCCCCCAAAGCCACCAAGAAACCCAAAGUGGCCAAGAGCACCAAGAAGCCCCGGACCAGGGCCGAGACCACCACGGUCCGGCCGGUCCGACCGGACCCGCCGGGGCAGCCAGACCCGAGGGGUUCGAACCGGGACGAGGACCUGGAGGAGAAGCUGCUGACCGAGCUGCUCUGGGGCACGAUGACUCAACCUUUGACCCCCAUGACCCCGCCUGUAGAGGAGCCUGUGGAGCCAAUGGUCCAGCCGUCCGUCCCCCACGGGGCUGAGUGGGAGGAGCCAGUGGAGCCAGACCUUGAUAAAAUCCGCAGCAGGAAGAAAGAAGCUACGACCACCGAGGCCGUCGUGUUCAUCCCAGAGGAAACCACGGGCGUCCCGUACGUCGGUCCCUGGUACGAGGAAUACGACUACGCAGACUUGGCAGCAAAGAAACAGGAGGAAGAGGAGGAGAGGGCUCGGAAAGAGAAGGCCGAGAAAGCCGAGCGUCUGAGGAAGAAGUGGGAGGAGGAGGAGGAGGAGCGGCUCCGGCAGGUCUCAGUGCCAGCUCAGCCCAAAAAGUGUCCUCCUCUGGGUCUGGAGUCCCACCGGGUGGAGGACGACCAGCUGCUGGCCUCCUCUCAGUCUCACCACGGCUUCGCGGCUCAGAGAGGACGCCUCAACAUGCAGGGCUCCGAGGACGACGGCGACAUGUACGGCGGCGGCUGGUGCGCCGAGCCGGAGGAGACCACCCACUGGUUCGAGGUGGACGCCCGGCGAGAGGUGGAGUUCAGCGGGGUCAUCACUCAGGGCAGGAACUCCGACCAGACUGAGGACUUUGUGUCCUCGUACUACGUGGCCUUCAGUAACGACAGCCGGGACUGGACCGUGCUGCACGACGGAUACGCCGAGUGGCUCUUCUACGGGAACGUGGACAAAGACACGCCGGUGAUGACUCAGUUCUCCACCCCCGUGGUGGCGCGCUACAUCCGCAUCCUGCCGCAGAGCUGGAACGGAAGUCUGUGUCUCCGAGCCGAGAUCCUGGCCUGCCAGCUGCCCAGUGCUCAUCACAGUGAGAACGAACUCAACUCGUCUGAUGAGCUGGACUUCAGACACCACAACUACAAGGAGAUGAGACAGAUGAUGAAGGUGAUCAACGAGGAGUGCCCCAACAUCACCAGGAUCUACAACAUCGGGAAAAGCUCGCAGGGUCUGAAGAUGUACGCCAUGGAAAUCUCCGACAACCCCGGGGAGCACGAGACAGGGGAACCGGAGUUUCGCUACACCGCUGGUCUCCACGGUAACGAGGCCCUGGGCCGGGAGCUCCUCCUGCUGCUGAUGCAGUUCAUGUGCAAAGAGUACAACAACGACAACCCCAGAGUGCGCCGCCUGGUGGAAGGAGUGAGGAUCCACCUGGUGCCCUCCCUGAACCCCGACGCCUACGAGCUGGCCUUCCAGAUGGGCUCAGAGAUGGGGAACUGGGCGCUGGGCCACUGGACCGAAGAAGGUUACGACAUCUUCCAGAACUUCCCGGAUCUCAACAGCAUCCUGUGGGGCGCUGAAGACAGAGGCUGGGUUCCUCGAAUCGUUCCUAAUCACCACAUCCCGUUCCCGGAAAACUUCCUCAACGGUUCGCUCGCGGUCGAGACCAGAGCGAUCAUCUCCUGGAUGGAGCGCAACCCGUUUGUGCUGGGAGCCAAUUUACAGGGAGGAGAAAAGCUGGUGGCGUAUCCGUUCGACAUGCUGCGUCCGUCAAUCUCCGUGACCGACAGCCGACGCUGGAGGACCAACUCGGACAUGAACGAGGAGACCUGGGCUCGCAUUCAACGCCAGAACCAAGGCGCGCUGAGGGAGACCCCCGACGACGCCAUGUUCCGGUGGCUGGCCAUGUCCUAUGCCCACAGCCACCUGACCAUGACGGAGACCUACCGGGGCUCCUGCCACGGGGACGACGUCACCGGCGGACAGGCCAUCACCAACCGGGCCGGCUGGAAGCCAGUGGUGGGCAGUAUGAACGACUUCAGCUACCUGCACACCAACUGCUUCGAGCUCUCCGUCUUCUUGGGCUGCGACAAGUUUCCACAUGAGAGCGAGCUGCCUCUGGAGUGGGAGAACAACCGCGAGUCGCUGCUGUCCUUCAUGGAGCAGGUGAAUCGAGGAAUUAAAGGUGUCGUCCGAGACGAGGAGAGAAAUCCGCUGCCUAACGCCACCAUAUCAGUGGAGGGAAUACGACACGACGUCAGAACUGCUGCAGGUGGUGAUUACUGGCGGCUCCUGAACCCCGGGGAGUACCGGGUGACGGCCAAGGCCGAGGGCUACACGCCUCAGACGCGGGUCUGCACGGUGGGCUACGACUCCGGAGCCACGCCCUGCAGCUUCAGCCUGGCCAAGUCCAACUGGGAGCGCAUCAAGCUCAUCAUGGCGCUCAACGGCAAGAAGCCCAUCCGGAUCGUCACCAGGCCGAAGGCGGCCGCCACCACCACCACGGCGCCGCCCAGCACCACCGCGUCGGUGGACGAGCACGCCGAGGCUCAGAGGGUGGAGCGGCUGCGGCGGCUGCGGCUGCUGCGUCUCCGCCGGCUGCGCCUGCUGAGGCUGCGAGGCGGCCUGGGCGUCACGCCGCCUACGACCACCACCACCACCACCACGACUACAACCACCACCACCACCACCACCAAGCCGCCGGAGACCGAGAGCACCACCUCCUGGUACGACGCCUGGUUCCCGGUGGACGUCUGGUCCACGGAGAACCCCUUCGACAGCAUCGGCUUCGACGUGGCGCCCACUCAGGACUACCCCUUCGAAUACACCAUAGACUGAAACCGCAACGCGUCCGUCCUGUACAGAGUCCUCACUAACCACGAAACGCCACAGCUUCACAGAUAGAACACACAGCCGGGUUUCACCGGGAGGCGCAACGAACGCAGAUGAAGACGGUCGAGUGGGAACGUUCCACCUGAACCCCGCUGAACUGGGAAAUUCCCACCAGGAAGGAGGGAACUUCCAAAGGAAGUCUGGUAAUUUUUGUGAAUUUACCUAUUUCAGGUAAAAAAAAAAAAAAAAAAAAAAUCAGAGUAAAAGGGGGCGGGGUUUAAGAUUUGACAUUUUCAGUAGCGAUCACGCUGAA